AAAAGCAAGCAAGCUAGCUCCUUGCAUUCCCAAAAUUUCCAGAGAAUUAACUCCUGAGUUCCUGCGAUCUGCAGCAACGAAAUGUCGAGAAUUGUGGAUCCACUUAUUGUUGGGAGGGUGAUGGGAGAUGUAGUCGAAGUCUUUACUCAGAGUGUUAAACUCACUAUCACAUACGGCUCCAACAAGAGAGUCUCCAACGGCCAUGAGCUUAUGCCUGCUGUUUUCAUGACUAAACCUCGGGUCGAGAUUGGAGGGGUUGACAUGAGAGAGGCUUAUACACUGAUCUUGACAGACCCUGAUGCUCCAAGCCCUAGUGAUCCACACUUGAGGGAACAUCUUCACUGGAUCGUUACCGACAUACCAGGGACAACUGAUGCAUCUUUUGGAAGAGAAAUCGUGAGCUAUGAGUCCCCGAAUCCUGUCAUCGGCAUUCACCGCUACGUGUUUGUGCUGUUCAAGCAGACAAGAGGGAGGCAAACGGUUCGAGCCCCAAUUUCACGGGACCAUUUCAACACCAAGAAGUUCUCGGAAGACAAUGGCCUGGGACUCCCAGUGGCUGUCGUGUACUUUAAUGCCCAGAGAGAGACAGCUGCUCGAAGACGGUGAUACACAAACUCGCUGUGCAAGCCCAAUCUCAUGUUACAUUUCGUGUGAACUGAUCAUAUAUCGCCGUACAUUCACUUUUACGGCAAUUGCAACCUACAAACUCUAUGCAACAUUAAUUAAUCCGUCAGUUUAGACGGUCCGUCGGUCCACAAUAAAUAUAAGAUUAUGUAUAAUGUAUGGGGAAAUUCUUUUUUUUUCCCAAAUAAAUGAUUAGUAGAAUUUGACCGUGUUUAAUUA